AAAGAGCCGUAGCCUGCAGGCUGAGGAACGUUUUGCGACCCAAGAGAUGUCUUUCUACUGCUGCAACAACUGAUCAGUUUACAGGAAAGGCGAGGACUCCGCCCGCUGCUAAAUUGAAAAAAAUAACACUCCGAUAGUCUUUGACGAUGUUAUUUAGCUGACUUCAAACUCAAAGUUCCAGGCUCUUUCCUUGCUCAGCCUCAAAUUUAAAAACAUGGCGGUAACAAUACGACCAUAAUAAGACCGACGAGUUAAGAGUUGAAUCACAGUUGAAUAAGUUGAUUCAAAUUUCAACUAUUAUCUAAUGGAGAAUGUAGUACCUGUAAAGUUUUGGGGAUCAGAUCCACUGUACUGGUCACAUGUAAAGCUGUUUGUGCGAGAUGUGCUUUGCCUGAGAGAAUAUCCCGGCUUUGAUUUUUAUGCCAUCAGUAAUCACCCUGUUGUACAAGUGCUCAUUGUGGGCUACGUUGUUAAGGUACAUAAGAAAGAGAAGCUUAUCACUUUUGAAGUUGAUGAUGGCACUGGCUUAAUAUCAUGCUGUUAUUGGUACAAUGAACAUGUUGACAUGGUUGAUGCAAACUUAGGAGAUCUGGUUACUGUGAUGGGAAAAAUAAGUAAUUAUCACAAUGCAAGACAAAUAAUUAUAUCGUCCUUUUAUAUUGAAACAGACCACAAUGUUGAAGUUCUUCACUGGCUUGAUGUCAUGAAUAUAAGAGAGAUUUAUCUGAAGCCUUUUCAACUUCAUGAUGCUGACAGUUUCGAAAAAACAUCUUGUCUGAAAAAUGCUGCAGAUACGGAGAUUUAUGACCUUGAGAAAUCUGUUGAUAAGGAAAUAUCCGAUUAUCUUGAACAUGCACAAGUGUUGCACUUUACCAUCGAAGGUACUUUAUGUAAGAAUGAAAAAAUUAUGGCUGUGGUGAAAGAAUUAAUUAAGUACCGACAACGAGGCAAAAGUUCUAAAAUGAUGUCGUCGACUAAGCCCGCGGUAAAGGAGGUCACACAUUAUAAAAGAUAGUUUACAAAAACUAGAAAAAGUUGGCGUUGUGUAUCAUCAACCUGACAGAACACAAUACGAGUUUAUUUACCACAAGAAAGUUUUGUUUACUCGAGUGAUGCAUAUUAUCAAAGAAACCAGUGAAAACGAAGGUGAACCAUCCGAAGGUGGCGUCGCAUUGAGUAAGAUCAUGCGCGGUUUAAAGUCUCGUGACAAAUACAAGAACGUUCAGCGAAGUCGAGUUAAGAGGGCUUUAGAAGAUCUUGUUAACACUGGAGAUAUUUAUGAAACUAGACAUGAGCAUUUUCGACUUUCAUGAGUUUUUCAAGACUUAAUUAUAUUUUGAAAUUUUGUACUUAGCAUAUGCAAAAGAUGGCCAUGAAUUGUUAUAUAACAAUAUCUUAAGCAAUGAUGAGGACUUUCUAUGUAAAGUGAAACUCUCUGGACCAACGUAACUUUUUGGACACCAGAUGAAGAUAGUUACUUUAACAUCUUACUAUUUUAUUUGGAUGGUUUUGUUCAGGGGUGAGAUUUUUUUCUCACAGACUUUUUUCUUGAAUUCACUUUAUGACUUAUGGCCUUCUUGAAGCGUGGCUUCCUUCCUUAUAUUUUCUCGAUCGUGUAAGUAUUCUGUUUUGGAACAGGGACGUAGGAGGAUCUAUAAUCGUUGGGCAGGGGGUAUACAUGUAUGCAUGAGUUCCUUUGAAAACCAUUGUUUUUAGCGGAUUAUGACUAUGUUAUUAGCGGAUUAUAAAUAAAUAAUAAAACGAUGGUGACUUGGAA